CAGCGCAAGCCCCCGGGGCGCGCGCGCGCGAGCGCGCCGCGAUGGCGCGGCUGGGGCAGGCGAGCAGCCUGCCCGCGCUGACCCAGGGCAGCUUCUUCGGCGCCUCGCGCUCCGGCCGGGCCGCGAAGGCCGGCGGCCGCCCGCGCAGCUCGCCGCUGCGCGCGGCGCAGACGCUGUGCACGGUGUCGGUGGGCGAGCGCCGCGUGCGCCGCGAGGAGGUGAAGGGCAGGGCCCUCCGGUUCGUCUCCGACGGCCGCCUCGGCUUCGUGGCGCCCGAGCACCCCGGCGCCGGGGCGCACCCGCGCCGGGCCCCGGCCGGGGAGCGGCUGCCGCCGCUGGCGGACGUGCUGGGCGAGAUGGGGCUGGCGAUGCCCUGCCCGCAGCGGGAGGACCGGGGCGCUCGGCGGCAGGGCUCCAGCUUCCAGCCGUACCGGCAGGGCCCCCGGCUGCCCGUGCGGCGCGCGCGGGCGCAGGAGGCCGCGGCGGCCGCGGAGGUCGAGGCGGGCCCCGAGGAGGGGGCCUCGCGCAGGUCCUCGGCGCAGGGCCCCGAGGAGGAGGAGGUGCUCGAGUCUGCGAAGAACUCCGCGCGGCUGGCCUCGAGCUCUCCGCGGCGGUCGUCGGGCAGGGCCUUCCCCAGGCAAGUGGCCCGCGCGAGCGCGGGCCUGCGGCGCCCCAGCAGGGACGGGAGCAGGCGCCCCAGCAGGGAGCCGGGGAGGAAGUCCGUCGUCAAGGAGAGGGCUGGGCCCGGCGGCUCGCCGAGUCUUCAGCGCACGGACUCGCCGUCCUCCGCCUCGGGAGAUGGCUUGGGCAAGUCCUGCGACAAGGGCCAGGUCGCCCUGCCCUGGAGCGACGACGCAAUCCGGUCGGCGUUCUCCCAGUUCGACGACGACCGGGACGGGGAGGUGCACAAGGAGAACUUGCCAGCCAUGUUGAAGCACCUCGGGUGCCGCCCAGGCGCCAGCGACACGGAGCAGCUGGCGCAGCAGCAGACGCAGUAUUCCACGGUGAGUUACGAGGAGUUCGUGGAUUUCCUCAGGCAGUACCACGAGCUCGACUGCUCCAAGCUGCGGGAGUUGUUCUUGGGGGCGGACGUCAACAAGGACGGCAGCAUGGACCUGCCCGAGUUGCACGCGCUGCUGAACAGGCUGGGCUUCGCGCUGAGCCAGCAGGCCACGGUCGAGGCCCUGCAGGAGCUAGACCACGACAUGAACACGGUGCUGUCCUUCUCGGAGUUCAUUGGCCUCAGGGACUACCUCCAGCAGAACGAGGGCAUGACGAAGGCGGACGUCGAGGAGCUGAGGGAGCUGUUCGAGAAGGUGAAGGAGAACACCACGAGCGGCGCGAACACCAUCAAGGAGUGCUGGCGGAUAUGCAACUACCUGGGCUAUCCCAUCGCGGAGCAUGAGUUCUCCCAGAUUGUCCGGACGACCGACUUGGAUUGCGAUUUGUCCGAAGGAAUGGCGUGGGGGGACCUUUUGAAGAUCAUCCGUCGCAUUCGCGAGCGGGAGCGCAGUUCUCUGAGCGCCCUCGCGUCAAAGCACGGGGCGGAUAAUCAGACCUUCCCCAUCUCGGAGCUUUCGACCGUGCUCGCCGACUUCGGCUACAUGGUGUCUGAGGAGGCCAUCUUCGAGUGCCUCGACAAGUUCGACGAGGUUGAGGAGGAGGACACGCUGACCGUCGACGAGCUGGCUAUCUUCCUGCGCGAGUACCGGAAGGUGGAGGGCUUCACUAACGCGGAGAUCGAGGAGUUCGAGAGGGCGUUCAUGGAGCAGUCGCAGGCCGACGCGGCGGGCAUGGAGGGGCUCGACACGCUGGCGACGGGCCGCGUGCUCCGGUGGUUCGGCAUAGCGACCACGCUGCAGCAGGUGCAGACGCUGCUCGAGCAGCUCGACUUCGACGGCAGCGGCAGGCUAGAGUUCAACGAGUUCGUGAAGCUGAUGCGGCGGAUCCAUCAGGAGCAGGCCACGCGCGUCCGCAGGCUGUUCGACCAGCUCACCAUGCAGGAAGCGGCCCCCUACAUAGCGAUCGAUGCCCUGCCCAACGCGGUCGCGCUCUUCGAGGGCGCCCCCGCGGACCUCGGCGGGUCGUUCGCAGACCCCCUGCUGGUGGCUGGCGCGAUGGAGAAGGCGGGGCUGCGGGACGCGGUGGUCCGGGGCAAAGCCAGGGGGGCCAUGUUCGUGAUCUGGGUGGGCGCCGACCUCGAGAGCACGCGCCGGAUCGUGUCGCCGCUGAUGAAGCGGCGGGAGGCGGACUCGUCACCGUGCGCCGCUUCUGCGGUCGAGGUCGCGCAAGACGGCGGCAAGCCCUUGCCCGCGGUCAAGCGACAGACGCUUACCGUUGGGCAGCUUCCACUGUUCGCGGAGGACAACAGCCCCAGCAGCAGCCCCAGCAACGCCGCGUCGAAGCAGCAGCGGGAGAAGACCCCCCGGGGGUACGCGAGCCGGCGCGGCUUCCAAGAGUUCUUCCGCCAGUGGAAUAAGGUGGCCGUCGACACGGUGCGCCAGCGCGCGGGGUAUGGCGCUCUCGAGGUCGCCAAGCUGAGGGCCGCCUUCAACCAGUUCGACAAGGAUGGGAACGGUACGAUAGAGAGCACGGAGUUCAGAGACCUCAUCGCGAAUUACUUCCCAGACGCCACCAAGUCCCGCCAAGGGCCAACUAUUUCUGUCAAGGGCUCGGUUUUCGAGGACGUUCAGAAGACGUGGGGUACGAUCAAGAACAUAUUUUGUAAGAAUUCGAAGUUCUUCACGAACAGUUUGAUCCCAAUGAAACGAAGGCUCCAGAUCAGCCGCGUGGCCGCCAAACCAGGCUACGAUCAGACAUCUGGACCUUAA